AGCGUCGGGUGACCUCAACCCGUCGGCCCGAGGUAAACAACGCUGUUCAGUGCCGUGGCUAGCGACUGUUGAAGAGCUUGUAUUCACCGGCUUAAAGAAAUGGCAAAGAAACCGGAGGAGUUUGUGGAUUUAUGGCUCUGAUUACGUUAAACAAACCCACCACAACACUCCAUCUCUAGAUCUGGAUCUCUCCCCACAGCCAUGUCGUCACGCGUGUUGCUGCGACAGCAGCUGAUGAGAGAACAAGCCCAGGAGCAGGAGAGACGUGAGGCCCAGCAGCAGGCCUCCGCCUCUCAGCUCCGGGCCUCUGACUCCACUCCAGCCAUCUCUGUCACACUUCCCCCAAAUGCUGCCCGUCCCCCUCCAGCACAGGUGCCUGUGGAAGUGCUGAAAGUGCAGACCCACUUGGAGAAUCCCACCAAGUACCACAUCCAGCAGGCACAGAGACAACAGGUCAAGCAGUACCUCUCCACCACCCUGGGCAACAAGGUGGUUACUCAGACCCUGGGUGUGUCACCCGUGCCGCAGUCCAGUUCUGCCCCUGAAGCUGCCCCUACUGCCAGCAGUGCCCCUAACAGUCCCAUGGCUCUGCUUAAUAUUGGAUCCAACAAAGAGGAAAUUGACGAUGUGAUCGACGACAUCAUUAGUCUCGAAUCCAGUUUUAAUGACGACAUCAUCACGUUGAUUGACUCAGGUCUUCAGUUGCCUAGCACGCUCCCAGGAAAUCUGUUGGAUGUAUACCAUAGCCCUGGAAUGGCAGCACCUACUCUCACAGUCAGCAACUCCUGCCCUGCUGAUCUUCCAAAAAUUAAAAGGGAAAUUACUGAUGCAGAUGCCAAAGCGCUAUUGAAAGAAAGGCAGAAGAAAGACAACCAUAACCUCAUUGAGAGGAGGCGGAGAUUUAACAUCAAUGACCGUAUAAAGGAGCUGGGUACUCUAAUACCCAAGUCAAGUGACCCGUAUGACAAUGGUAACAGUGAGAUGCGUUGGAAUAAAGGCACCAUUCUGAAAGCCUCUGUGGACUACAUCAGGAAGCUACAGAAGGAGCAGCAGAGAGCCAAGGACAUCGAGAUGCGACAGAAGAAACUGGAGCAAGCAAACCACAGUCUGAUGUUGCGCAUCCAGGAACUGGAAAUGCAGGCACGACUCCACGGCCUCUCCAGUUCCACCAGCAUCUCAUCAGGUCUGAGCUCCGAUCCCUCCCUGCUCCAGCAGCAGCCGGUCCCACAGAGCGGCCAGUCUCUGCCCCCCAGUGCAGGAGGAGCCUCCUCUCAGAACCUCCUCAGUCUGGGAGCAGUUGGACAGCCUCUGCCAGCCUCCUUCCUGUCCCCGCCCUCCUCGGACUCUCCUGCAGGGGUCACCAUCAGCAGCCCUCUGGACCUGGGCAGCCUGAGCUUCGCUGAGCUAGAUGACACCUCGGCCUCAGCCCUCUACCCUGACGUGGGCUUGGGAGACAUUCUUAUGGACGAUGGGUGCACCCUGUCUCCAGAGAGGGUGGGUGACCCACUCUUCUCUCCUUUGUCACCAGGUGCCUCUAAAACCAGCAGUCGCAGGAGCAGCCUUGAAAUGGACGAGGACUUGUGAUGAGCCCUGUGUGGCGGUCAGAGACUGUCUGUAGGGACAAGAAUGUCAGGAAGUGCAGUCUACCCUUAAAUAACGUGAGUCUAUUUAUAAGACUGUGGAAUUGAACUUAGAAAAGCAAAACUAGCUAACAUAAAGAUCAAACCUAACACAAACAUUGCAUCAGGAGAAAGGACAUUUUUCUUGAAUUUCUUUUGCCAUACAGACUUAACUAUUGUUGUUCCUGCUUGGAGCAGGUCGCAAUCUUAUUAAAAUGGAAUAUUGUAUAAUAGGGGCAUGGACGUAGCAUUAAGAAAUAAUACAUUCUUAAAUAGUUUUUAAGUUUUUGUUGAAAGAAGAGAGAUAUAAGAGGGAUAUAAAGUUUGCUUGAAUUUAUUAUGUGUUUAUUAUGUGCUCAUUUAUAGGGAAGAAAGCUGUGAGGUUUCUUUUUCACGACAACAAUGGCAUAACAAACUUAUUAUAAGAUGCCAACUUUUUGUUCUUUUCAACUGACUGGAAUCAGGGUUUGUGAAUAGCCGUCGCAUGCUCAUCUAUGUUGGGUUGUUUCACCAGCAGCUACAGAAGGGAUCUUUGUAAAAUGAAUUGGCACAUUGUGAAAUAUUUACUGCAUAUUGUAUAUAAGAAUAUUUUAUUUUGAGCAAUUUUAUUGCACCUUAUUUUAUGGCAGUCUAUGCAUUUUAUGAGAGCUUUUGUCUGUUUUUAUUACUUUUACACACAUUGGACAGCUAAUGCCCAGGUCGCAUGUGUUUGUAAUAAACCUUGAGAGCAGUGGAAAAUCACUUGCUGCUGCAGCUAGUUAGCCAAAGCAGAACUUCUUCCAGAGUAGCUACAAAUUACGAAUCAGCGUUUUAUUUUUGAAUAUAUUCACUCAGUCGAUGGAAAUGCAAGACAGUACGAGAAAUGCAGAACAAUUUUAUCUUUUUACAAUAGUACUGUAGCUCAUUACAAUUUUUUUUGAUACCUGAAUAAUAGUUUGGUAAGUAGUUUCUCUUGACUAAUAUCUGUGUCGUCAGUAAUUGUUUGUCUCCAUUAACCUUGGUGAUCACUGAGUGGUUAUUACCGGUUAGCAUGUUCUAUCGAGAUAUUUUUAUUAUUUUCUCUUUUUUGUUUUGGAUGAUCAAAAUUGGUAUAUUUAAUAAUGCAUUAUUGCUCACUGUAGUAUGAAUCCACAGGGCUUGACCUCUUUUUAAACCAACCACUAGUCUCACCCCUGUAAUAAUAAGGUAUAAUGUUUGUUGUGUGAAACCUGCAAUGCAAUUAUUAUUCCAUAAAAUAGCCACAAACUUUAGAAAGGCAUUUAAUUUGUCAGGUGCUUAAAGCAACUUUAUGUACAGUUGAUGAACGUGUUGAAAGUUCCUGCGUAUGUGUAGGGUUUUUUUUUUUUGUAACACUGAUGUACUGUAUUUUGGUUUUUCUUCCAGCACAACCACAUUAACCAACUUAUUGAUACACUUAAAUUUUAAACUAUUCUUUGAGCUGUGGCAACAAAAAAACAUUAGAUUAUCCAGAAACGUUUUUUAGAUCAUAGAACUGAGUGACAUUGAUUUGGUGGUUACAGUGAUUUUAAGACGUCCUCUCCUGUUCAUUCAAAACUUUUUCCUUUUUUUUUUUUUUUUUUGCUAAAAGCAGCUCUACUCCAUAGCUCCGUUAUUCGAAUGGUGUUGUUCCUAGUCCCAUAACAUUAAGUACCUAUGAUCAGCUUUUUCAACUCGCACUUAUUCGCUCUCCGCAAUAUUAACAAUGUCUUACCUUGACAUAUAUUUGAGUGCUAACAUGGAUUGUUAACCAUACACGUAACAUUUAUGUCUUGUCCCUACAAGUUGGUUUUCGGAAGAUUUUAACAAAUAAAUGAUUCCCAUUG